AUGGGAUUGAUUCUUUUUGCAUUAUGGUUAUUUGAUUCUUUGUUAUGUGUGUUGUUCGUUACAAUCGUGGUUGGAAGAUCGAAAUUAGCGUGGGAUUUUGCCAUUACUAUUCAUAUAAUAAACCUAAUUGUGGUGUGGUUAUAUACGGGUAAAUUUCCAACAUCAACUUUAUGGUGGUGCUUACAGGUACUAAGUGCCGUGUUAUUGGUUACUUUAUCGACAUAUCUGACUAGAUGGAAAGAGUUACGAACUACAUUUUUUGAAAAUAUGUUGGAUCAACAAGAAUUGGGAGAAGUUGACCAUUCGAAUAAUCAGAAUAUAGAAAUGCUGAAUUUGCCGGAUGUGUCACUGUCAAGCAAAUAA